CUCGGGGAGUUCGUCCGGCAGGUUGUACAACAAGAACAUCACAACAUUUCGUCACCGUGACCAGUGCCACCGCCACUCGAAAAGCGCGAUCUCGGGCGCGGCGCGUCGAGCGACAGAUUUGGAGAGCCGUUCGGCCGCGGAUACGCACGCUGAUUGAGACCCAUCGGCAUUGGUGUCCAGGACGGAGACGGUUUGGACCUGCGGGCAGGAUGGGGAACAGCGCUCUCAAGUCCCACCUGGAGACCUCCCAGAAGACGGGGGUGUUCCAGCUCACUGGAAAAGGACUUCCGGAGUUUCCAGAUGAACUGCAGCGGCUCACAGCAAACCUUCGGACCGUGGACCUGUCUGACAACAAGCUAGAGUCGCUUCCUCCUUCCAUCGGAAACUAUGCGCAGCUCCGGAGUUUGACCCUCAACUCCAACAGACUGAGCGGCCUUCCCGCUGAGAUCGGGAAGUUGAAGAAACUGGAGACUCUGAGUCUCAGUGCCAACCGGAUCCAGCAGCUCCCACCCACCGUGGACCAGCUCAAGGCCCUGCGGACCCUCAUUCUGGCUGGGAACCGCAUCUCUGAGUUCCCCACCGGACUAGGAGCGCUGAGACACCUGGACCUGCUGGACUUGUCCCGCAACCAGAUUCAGAGCGUCCCGCCAGAGGUGUCAGAGCUUCAGGUCAUCGAGAUCAAUCUCAACCAGAACCAGAUCUCGCUGCUGUCUGCGGACGUGUCUCUGUGUCCUCGCCUCAAGGUUCUGCGUGUGGAGGAGAACUGUUUAGAUCUGGCCGCCAUCCCGCUAUCCAUCCUGAACGAGUCGCAAGUGUCUCUCUUCUCAGUGGAAGGAAACCUCUUUGAGGUCAAGAGUCUGCGAGACCUGGAUGGGUACGACAAGUACAUGGAGCGUUUCACCGCAACCAAGAAGAAGUUUUCCUGAAGGCCGCAACCACCACCACCUCCUCUUCCUCCUCCUCUGCUGCCGACAAGCAGGAAGUAGGAGUGGAAGAAGAGCCGAGAGACCAUUCCGGUGUUUUUCCCGACAGUGCCGCUUGUGUCCCGCUAACCCCCGACAGGAAGUACUUUGCGGCUGCCGCUGUCCACUCGUUGUGGCCAUCCAGAGGAACAAAGUGGAACUGCAACACUUUCUUUUAGAGUCACGAAGGCCAUGGCGACUUCUAUUGGCGCUUUUGAGUCGCUUUUCUAAACAAAAACCUUUGUCGCCUCGGCGACGGGUUUGCGAAACUGCUGCACGUGUUCCUGCGAGGAAGCAGAAAGACAGGAAGUCAGAUGUUCUUCUGGUGAUGAUGUCAUCGAUGUGUCAGCUAUGUUCUUGCAUCAUGAAUAUUAAGAAGAUAACACGCAGGGUUAACAUUAGCUGCUAGAGUUUAGCCACCGGCACGCGAGCUAUAUUUCCGCUUUGUCAUGUUUUUAAUGAACUUUCACAAUAAAAGCAUACCUCUAAGCACGCGCCAAAUCGACCAAGGACACUAAAUGUUUGAAAAAAAGUUUGAAAUGUAAAUGAAGGAAUGAGUAAUAAAAUAUUCCAUUUUAAUAAAUACACAUUCAAAAAGUAA